AUGUCAGAAUUUACGAAUGGGUCGGCUAACUCAGAUGUAUCUACUACUAUAACGUUUGUAGAAGAUAAUGAUUCCAGUGAAAAGCUUGAUCCUACCGUUAAACAGAUUUUAAAUACCCAAAUCCAUGUUGACAAGAAGAAGCGCUCUUAUUUCCAGUUAUUUAGAUCUGCUACUAAUUAUGAAUUGGCGCUUAUGUUUAUCGGAAUAAUAUUUGCAGGUGUCGCUGGUUCUGCAAUGCCCGCAACUACAAUCCCUUUCGGAAAAAUUGUUGAUUAUUUUACUCUUUACCAACAACGCUCGAUUACUUAUGAUGAAUUUUCCAACAAAGUUAAUUUCCUGUCCUUAGUUUUUGUCUUUUUUUCAAUUUGCAUUUUUGUUUCUACCUAUAUAUACAUGACUACCUGGAUUUAUACCAGUGAGAGGAUUACUCGACGAAUUCGCGAAAGAUACCUUCGUGCUAUUCUUCGACAAAACAUUGCUUAUUUUGAUAAGCUUGGUCCAGGUGAAGUUACCACAAGAAUUACUUCCGAUACUCAUUUGAUUCAACAAGCUUUUUAUGAAGGCUGGAAAAUGACACUUGUAGUAUGUUGUCUGAUCCCUAUUGUCCUGACCACUAGUAGUGUUUUAAACAAAUUUAGUGCCAUUUUUAUGAAAAGAAGUUUAAAUCAUUAUUCUGAUGCUGGAACUAUUGCUGAAGAAGCUAUUUCUACCAUUAGAACUGUUGUUGCUUUUGGCUCUCAAAAAAAAUUAUCUACUCUUUAUGAUUCUCACUUGAAAAGUGCAAAAAAGGAAGGUGUUAAGAGAUCUUUAUUAGAUGGUCUCUUUCUUGGUGUAACUAGUAUGACCACUUAUGCUAUUUAUGCUUUGGCUUUUUGGUAUGGUUCUACUUUAAUCCUCAGUGCUGAGAUGACUCCUGGGACAGUCGUGAAUGUAUCAUUUGCAGUUAUGAUCGGUUCAUUAUCUCUAAUUUCUAUAGCUCCUGAUCUUCAGAUUUUCAGUUCGGCAGCUGGUGCUGGCGCAAAAAUUUUUGAAACCAUUGAUCGUAUUCCUCCAAUAGAUAUUGAUUCUAAUUCAGGUGAUACUCCUGAAAAUGUUAUAGGUCAUAUUCAACUUCAAAAUGUUUCUUUUAUUUAUCCAUCUCGCCCUGAAGUUAAAAUUUUAAAAAAUAUAUAUUUAAACAUUGAACCUGGUACUACUAUUGCUAUCGUUGGUUCUUCUGGUUCUGGAAAAAGCACUAUUAUAUCAAUUUUACUUCGUUUUUAUAAUACUAUUUCUGGUCGAGUACUUCUUGAUGAUCAAGAUAUUAAUUCUCUUAAUCUUGUUUGGCUUCGAAGGCAAAUUGGUCUUGUAGGACAAGAACCUGUACUUUUUAAUACUACCGUUGCUGGAAAUGUCGCUCAUGGUUUAAUAGGUUCUGUUUAUGAAAACAUUGAUGAUGCAAAAAAACGUGAAAUGAUUGAAAAUGCUUGUAAAAUGGCUAAUGCUCAUGAUUUUAUAAUGAAUCUUCCUGAUAAAUAUGAAACAAAUGUUGGUGAACGUGGUUUCUUAUUAUCUGGUGGUCAAAAACAACGUAUAGCUAUUGCACGUGCAAUUAUCAAAGAUCCAAAAAUAUUAUUACUUGAUGAAGCUACCAGUGCUCUUGAUGCUCAAAGUGAAGAUAUUGUUCAAGAUGCUUUAAAUAAUGCUUCAAAGGGUCGUACAACAAUCGUUAUUGCUCACCGAUUAUCUACUAUCAGAAAUGCUAAUAAAAUUGUUGUUUUGGAAAGAGGAAUAAUUGUUGAAAUGGGUACACAUGAUCAACUCAUGACUAAAAAAGGUGUUUAUUUUAAACUUGUCGAUGCUCAAAAAAUUCAACUUUCAAAUUCCGAAAAUCCUGAUGAUGAUAAUGGUAUAUAUGAAGAUAAUCAUCUUUCAAGGAAUAAAUCACUCAAGCGAAACAUGUCUAUAAAACGAAAUAUGUCCGUAAAACGAACUUUUUCUAUUAAACGAAAUUUAUCUAUUAAACGAUCCGCGUCUAUCAAGAGAGAUAAGGAUGAUCUUGAAGCUGCUGAACCAGAUUUUGAUUAUACUACCUGGCAAUUGAUUAAAAGGAUAACAUCUAUCAAUACUGGUCCUGAAUUAAUACUUAUUUUCUUAGGAUUGUUAUCUGCAACUAUUAAUGGUGCUAUAUAUUCGGUCUUUGCCAUCAGUUUUUCGCAUGUUCUUCAAGCAUUCUCACAAACUUCUGAUCGAUUACGUCAUGAUGUAAUCUUUUGGUCUCUUAUGUUGGUUGUAAUUGCUGCAGGAACAAUGAUUACAAAUAUAAUUCAAGGUGUCAUUUUUGGAAUCUCUGGUGAAAGACUUUCUAAAAGAAUUCGAUCAAAAUCAUUUGCUUCUAUCUUACGACAAGAUAUUGCUUUCUUCGAUGAUAAAGAAAAUAGUAUUGGUGUUUUAACUAGUAAAUUAUCAUUGGAUGCAACUCAUGUCAAUGGUUUAACUGGUGCUACUCUUGGAAAUAUAUUACAAAUCGCUGCAACAAUUAUUUCUUGUAUAAUAGUUGCUUUCGUAGUUGGAUGGAAGAUGACUUUAGUUUGUUUAUGUUGUAUUCCUUUAAUAAUCAGUUCCGGUGCAUUACGUAUAAAAAUGUUAGCAAGGUUUCAAAAAAAGACCAAAAAAGCUUAUGAAGAUUCGGUUAAAUUGGCUUGUGAAAGUGUUGCCAAUAUUCGAACUGUUGCUUCUCUUACUAGAGAAGAAGAAUUAUGUCAAAUAUAUCAUAAUUUAUUAGAAAAACCUUUACGUCAAGGUUUCAAAAAUGCUUUUUGGCCUUCAAUAUCAUUUGCUUUUGGACAUUGUACCGAAUAUUUAACAUUUGCUUUAGCAUUUUGGUAUGGUAGUAGAUUAUUUAUGAAUGGUGAUUAUGAUUUACAAAGAAUGUUUGCAAUCUUUGUAGCAAUCAUUUUUGGAUCAAUGUCUUCUGUUCGAAUUUUUUCUUACGCACCUGAGAUUGUUAAAGCAAAAUCCGCUGCCAAUUCUAUUAUAAAUUUAAUUGAAAAAGUUCCUAUCAUUGAUUCAUGGUCUCCAAAUGGUAAAAAAAUUAAUCAAAUUCAAGGACAUAUUAAAUUUUCUGAUGUCCAUUUCCGUUAUCCUAUACGUCCUCGUGUUCCAGUUCUUAGAGGUUUAAAUUUAGAAAUAAAACCUGGUCAAUACGCUGCAUUAGUAGGACCAUCUGGUUGUGGUAAAAGUACUACAAUUAAUCUUCUUGAAAGGUUUUAUCAAUUAACAAGUGGUAGAAUUAUGAUUGAUGGAACAGACAUUUCUACAAUGAAUGUAAAUAAUCUUCGAGAACAUAUUGCACUUGUAAGUCAAGAACCACCAUUAUAUAAUAUGACUAUUAAGGAAAAUAUUAUUUUUGGCUGUCGAUCUGAACAAAUUCCUACUAAUGAAGAUAUAGUAAGGGUUUGUCGAGAAGCAAAUAUUCAUGACUUUAUAAUUGGAUUACCUGAAGGUUAUGAUACAUAUGUAGGUGGAAAAGGUGCACAACUUUCCGGUGGACAAAAACAACGAAUUGCUAUUGCUAGAGCUCUUAUUAGAAAUCCUAAAAUUUUAUUACUUGAUGAAGCAACUUCAGCUUUAGAUCCUGAAACAGAAAAAGUUAUACAAAAUAGUCUUGAUACGGCUGCACGUGGAAGAACCACUUUGGCUAUUGCGCAUAGAUUAUCAACAACCCAACAUGCUGAUGUUAUAUUUGUUAUAAAAGAUGGUAAAGUUUAUGAACAAGGUACACAUAAACAAUUGUUGGAACGAAAAGGAAUAUAUUAUAAAAUGGUACAAGAUCAGCUGCUACAUAAAUAA